GAGCCAGACAUUAAGGACUGGGACAUUCAAAAACAACUUCAUGUAUGGAGAAAAUUAGAAAGUGACUGUGUGUGCCCAGGGAAAGGCUCAGAAAAGACUGGGAAGACCUUCAGUUUACACUUUGGCUGAUCCUCAGCAAAGAGACCGCGUACAACAGUUAAAAACAAAAACAAACAAUAAGGAAGACAAGCAAACCCUGAGAAAGGGGAAAAUCUGCUUUCCAGAGUUAUCACAUUAUUAAAUUCAAAAGUCCAGUGUUCAUAAAAAAAAAUCACAAGGCAUACAAAGGAACAGCAAAGUAUGGCCCACUCAAAGGAAUAAAACAAGUCAGUAGAAACUGUCCCUGAAAAAGACCUAAUGUCUGAUAUACUAGACAAAGAUUUCAAAGUAACUGUCUUAAAGAUGCCCAAAAGACUAAAGGGAGAUAUGGAGAAAGUCAAGAAAAUAAUGUGUAAACAAAAUGGAAAUAUCAAUAAAGAGAAAACUUACAAAGAACCAAAAAGAAAUUCUGGAGCUGAAAAGUAUAAUUGAAAUGAAAAAUUUAUUAGAGAGAUUCAGAGGAGAUUUAAGCAGACAAAAGACUCAGUGAACUUGAAGAUAGGACAAUGGAUAGACCCUGAUUGCUUGGUUUGCAAAAGGGAUUCACUGAGAUGAGGAACACAAGAUGCUGCAGAAGCUGAAUAAUUUGCAGUCACACAACUAAACGGCAGAAUUGGGACUGUAAUCCAGGCCUUCUGAUUUUAAACCAUGGGUUUAUUGAAAUUGUAUUCCAUCCCCUCCAUUGAUGUUUGCCUGGGCCCUGUCUUCUUCAGUAUAUCAACUGAGUAUUUUAAAUGAAUUUAAAGUUAGCAAAGCUCACCCUCCGCUACGCGCAUGCGUCCCUUCCUUUUCCCAUGGUAGGUGGAAAAAAAAAGACACCGCCUCCUUUCGCUUUGCUCAUCUUUUGGCCCCUGCGACUCGCCAUCGCCCGUGGGGAGGCGUUCACUGGUUGAAGUGAUGGCGACUGGGACCCCAGAUUCGCAAGCGCGAUUCGGUCAGUCUGUGAAGGGGCUUCUCACGGAGAAGGUGAACACCUGUGGUACUGACGUGAUCGCGCUCACCAAGCAGGUGCUGAAGGGCUCCCGGAGCUCCGAGCUGCUAGGUCAGGCCGCUCGAAACAUGGUACUACAGGAAGAUGCCAUCUUACACUCAGAAGAUAGUUUAAGAAAAAUGGCAAUAAUAACGACACAUCUUCAAUACCAGCAAGAAGCUAUUCAGAAGAAUGUUGAGCAGUCAUCAAAUCUACAGGACCAGUUAAAUCAUCUGUUGAAGUAGAACGUGUUAUGAGAGGGCAAAAGCACUUUGCCUGACACUGAGGAGUAAAUAUCUUACAUAACCACUGUGCUAUGGGUUUGAUUUUCCAUUUUCUUCUUCAGAAGUUAAGUUAGAAUAAGAUCUGUGAUGAUGAACAGUUUCUCCUGAAAGGAAGUUAAGUGAUUGAAUUUUGAAAGCACUUUUUGAAUCAAACCAACCCAUGCUCUUAUUGAAUUUUUAAGUUGCUCUGUUAAUUUGAUAUUAAAGCAAAAUUAAAAGAUGUCUUAGUUUUUCUCAUAGAACUUUAAUAUGUCAAAAGCCAUAUUGUCUAAAUGUGUUUCUUAAGCAAAUACUGAGUAGUGUUUUAAAUUCAGACUUAGAGCUUCUAUUGUGAAUGUAUAAGAAUGAUUAAUAUUGUUUUUAAAGACUAUUUUUUCUUUUAAUCAUACAUUCAGGAAAUAUUUUAAUUUCAUGGUCACAGAAUGGUGAUUAGGUAAUACCUGUUGUUUUCUUUUCUUUUCUAGUACCUAAGAGGAGAUAGUUAUUUUAUUUGUUGUAGCAAAUUCCUACAUGAAAAUUAGGCAAAUGGUAUCAUAUCUGGCCAGCUGCAACCUCCUGCCUUGACCUUCAUUCCUAGGGUUUCUUUGUUGUUGUGACUCUUGAUUAAGUGGCCUUGGGUUCAUUUUGUAAUUUUGCUAGUCAUCAGCAAAUUCACUUGUAUGACAUUAUUGCCAAGUGAGAAUGCAGUUGAGUUACUGUGAUUCCGGUAUAGGGUUGUGCCAUGUAGAAAACCUUAUGUUUAUAGACAUUUACCUAUGUUCAUUGAAUUUAUCUCAUUAAAUGUCAUUACUGUUGUCUGUU